GACUCGGGAAGGUGCCAGGUGGUCCGACUCCAAGCUGCAAAGGGAAUUUCAUGAAUGCCUCUAGGUCUAGGCCUAUGCGCGGUGAACAUUGAAGAAUAGCGCAGUUUAAAUUGCACUCCGGCUGCUGUUGAGACAGGAAGCUACUGUUCGUCAUAUUCGCCUUGUCGCUCAGCUUGAGUGCAUGGCAAUGGAGGAGGAUACUGGACGCAAAUGGCUCCCCUUGGAGGCGAAUCCGGACGUUAUGAACGAUUUUGCUCGGCGGCUUGGCGCUCCUCCUUCUGCCGCCUUUCAUGAUGUGUUUGGCCUGGACCCCGACCUGCUGGCCAUGGUGCCGCAGCCCGUGCGAGCCGUCCUCCUGUUGUUUCCAAUCACCGAGCAAUCAGACGCCGCCGAUGCUGAUGAAAUCAAGGACCUGGCUGCGAGCAGCGCAGGGGCGGGCGCUGGCCAGAGUGUCUACUUCUUGCGGCAGACAGUGGGCAACGCGUGCGGCACGAUUGGGCUGCUGCACGCCCUGCUGAAUAAUGCAGAAGCGGUGCCACCAGGCCAUGGGUCGUACCUGGAGAGAUUCAAGGAGAAGACAGCAGCAAUGAGCCCCAUGGAGCGGGCACACUUUCUGGAGGAGGACCAGGAGCUGGAAGGGGCGCAUGAGUCAGCCGCUUCCACAGGGGACACCCAGGCCCCUGAUCGGCACGACCCUGUCAACCUCCACUUUGUCUGCUUUGUUGAAAAACAAGGGACCCUUUACGAGCUGGAUGGACGGAAGCCGUUCCCGAUUCCACAUGGCCCUAGCAGUCCCAGCACGUUACUGCAGGAUUCCGCUAAGGUAGUUCAAAAAUCCAUCGCACGGUCUUCAGAUGCUUUGAACUUCAACGUCAUAGCCCUAGGUGGUGCCAAUGAGGACAUGUAAGUUGACUAGGGUCUAGGUAGGUCAGCUUCGGUAGAGUGGGCAUGCACAUAUGUGACCACUUGGUCGAGAUCAUGACGAGGCGGCCUGUACGAUGUUGUAUACUACCCGCAUACAGCGUUCAAUGUGAGGAAGUUGAUACACUGUUUAUUGUCAAGCGAAGUUUGUACAGAGUGUGGAGAAGGUGCAAGCAAAUUGAUCCCUAGUUAGUCUAGGCUUGAAUUCAUGUAAUAAUUAAGAGCUUAAGUGUGAGUCCGGCAAAGGACGACUCGAUGUACUGACGAUAAUUUCUCGCUUACCAACGCCCUUAUCAACCCACUCAGCUUGGCACUUUGGUAGGGGCAUGAAGCACAAUCUUCAAUGUUCUCUUUUCAAAAACCGAUCAUGGACUCGGAUUUUUACUUGCGUGACAUAUGGGCCGCCCGUCCUGGUUUCUAGACUUCAUUUACGAUUGUGGCACGCGCGCG